CAGAGACACACACAAGAAGAGAGUUGAUAAAUAAUUAAAAAAUAUAUAUAAACAAUCGAACAAAUAUGGAUAUUAGGGUGGGGGACUGGGGGACUGGGGGAUGCUUUGAUUGCUUUCCCUUCUUUGUGCAAAUAAAAAAGACUAACAAAAAAUAUUUAUAUAUAAAUAGCAAGUUCGCGACCGUACCAAUUUCAGUUCAUUGGAUUCAAUACAAACAUCUCAACCCCUAUCUAGGAAAAUGGAUUUCGACGGAGCCCAAGUGGCCGUGAAGAACCUAAAGACCUCUCCCAGUAACGAUGAGAUGUUGAAGACAUACGCCCUGUUCAAGCAAGCCACCGUUGGAGACUGCAACGCUGCCAAGCCUGGUAUGUUUGAUGUCAAAGGAAAGGCCAAGUGGGGAGCAUGGAACGAUAUUAAGGGCAAGUCCCAGGAUGACGCCAAGGCGGAAUACAUAAAGCAUGUGGAGGAGCUAAUCGCCAAGUACGGCAGCACCUCAAUGUAGAUAUAGUAAUAGACCUAGUUGUUUGGAAGUGAAUAAACUUUUACGUUCUCAUUACUGAGUGGCAGGCAGA